CAAUCUAAGCUUGCAAACAGCAGCAUCAUUCAGCUUUGUAGAAGCGGCGCAGUUGUCGGUGAGGCCGGUGAGGCUGUGGCAUCCUUUAUACAAGACAAGACUACCAUUUACAUUGCACAAAACAUAAAAAAAACCCAUAGUAGCUACAUCAGAAGAAGAUAUCUUCGAACAACAAGAGACUAAAGAUGCCUUCAGCGAUGGUUGGCAACAAUGGUGUUCAGUCCGCCAGUCCAGAAUUGGGAUCUGGAAAUCAUUCUGAGGUCAUGAAGCAAGUUUUGGGCUUUAUCGACAAGAAGGUCCGCAACAUGGAAAAGAAAAAGGGUAAAUUGGACGAUUACCAGGCCAAGAAGAAUAAAGGAGAUCGGCUGAAUCAGGAUCAGCUGGAUGCCCUGUCCAAGUUCCAAGAGAUUACCAACAACUUGGAGUUUGCCCGGGAGCUACAGAAGAGCUUCUUGACUUUGGGACAAGACAUCCAGAAGGCGGUGAAGAAGUCUGCGCGGCGGGAGCAGCUGCAGCGCGAGGAGAUGGAGCAGCGGAGGCUGAAGACGGUGCUGGAGCUGCAGUUCCUGCUGGACCGGCUGGGGGACGACACGGUGAGGCAGGACCUGAAGAGGGCCGACGCCUCGGGCAGCCCCCUGCUCAGCGAGGCCGACCUCACGGCCCUGGACCACUUCUACAAGCUGGUGGGGCCUGAACGGGACCAUGACGUCAGGUUGACGGACCAGUAUGAGGAGGCCUCACUGCACCUGUGGGAGCUGCUGGAGGGCAGGGACAAGGCUGUGGCCGGGACCACGUACAAGGCACUGAAGGAGACCCUGGACAAGGUUCUGCUGAGUGACUACUUCGACCGAGUACAGCCGCAUCAGAACGGACUGUGCGAGGAGGAAGAGGAGGAGGAGGAAGAGGAGGAGGAAGACGAGGAGGAGGAAGAGCAGGCUGUGGCGCCCGAAGAGUCGGAGGCAGGAGACCAGCCUGCAGAACCCGAAGGAACAGUGACUGAAGAAUACACAGAGACCAUAGAGGUGGAGGCCACAGAGUUUGUAAACAGACAGUUCAUUCCAGACAGCACGUACAGCAGCACCGAAAAAGACCAAGUAGAGGAGUGGGCAGCCGAGGCCCAGGUAGUGAGCUCCCUCCAGCACCAGGCCCUGGCCCAGGAGCCCCCCCACACUGUGAACUCCCCAUCCCCCGCCGCCACCCCGGACCCCGUGGUCAGGAAGCAGGCCGUCCAGGACCUCAUGGCCCAGAUGCAGGGCACGUACAAUUUCAUGCAGGACUCCAUGCUGGAGUUUGAUGGGCAGGCCCUGGACCCGGCCAUUGUGUCGGCCCAGCCCAUGAAGCCUGGCCACACUGUGGAUCUGCAGCAGCUGGCCUGUGCCCCAGUCCACACAGAGUCCAGAAUUCCUCAGACAGGCACAGUUCCGGGACAACCCGAACCCACACAAGCCUCGAUGUCCCUGUCGUCCGAGCAGCCCCCCGCCCCGUCCUCCCUGCCCUCUGCCUUCCCGCCUGUCUCCAAACCUCCCCACAGCGGAGGCAUCAAUGUCAACGCAGCACCAUUCCAGUCCAUGCAAGCGGUGUUCAACAUGAACGCCCCAGUGCCCCCCACCAACGACGGAGACUCUCUGAAGCACUCCAGCCAGUUCCCCAGUGGCUACAGCCAGAGCUUCAACAGCCAAUCGGAGCACUCUGUAGAGCAGCCCGACAACCAACAGGAAGCACUCCAGUCAGUAGUUCCUGGGUUCCUCCCUCAGGAGCAGGCGGGGGGCCACCAGCAGGGCUCCCAGCAGGCCUCCGGGUUUGGGAGGAACGGCCAGGCCUUCUACAACAGCCGGGCGGCGCCGCGCGGGGGGCCCAGGAAUGCCCGCGGAGUCCUCAACGGCUACCGGGGCUCCAACGGAUUCAGAGGGGGUUAUGACGGCUACCGCCCUCCAUUCUCAAACACUCCUAACAGCGGUUACGGGCAGACCCAGUUCACCACGCCCCGGGACUACUCCAACACCACCUACCAGAGGGAGGGCUACCAGCCAGGGUACAAGCGGGGCGCGGCCCAGGGGCCUCGAGGUAUCUCUCGAGGCCGAGGGGGAACAAGUCACAUGACAGCACAGCAAGCCAUCUAACCCUGGAGACGUCGGGCCCAGUGUGCCCCUGUCUCACCCUCUUCUCACUCACCCUCCUAGAGAAUCCAUCUAUCCACCCUCCCUCCCUGUGACUUCUGGACUGCCAACCCAACUCUUUCAUCACUGGACUGAUCCUCAGUGGCUGACGCUGGAUUGGUUCCAGUGGUGUGACCCUCAGACCAGUUGGAAGCUUCAGAAUCAUGUGCUGUCUCCUAGCCUUUAAACUAACGUGUGUGCCUUUGCUGGUAGACUGUUCGUUUGGACCUUGUCAGGAAGUCAUUUGCAAAAGGACAAGGAGUAUGGAAAGAAGAAAGAGCAUGAUGAAUCAAUCAAGCUAGAAUCACAGUUUGACCAUGUGUUGGACUGUUAGUCCCAAUGUGAACAAUAUGUCGUGACAUUUAGUCUGGUGAAAUCCUGGUGCCUAUGGGAAAGAAAUAAGCAUUUUUGACUGAUUUAAAACGCACUUUUGUCAGAGGUUGAGCGAUAGAAUGACAGACACAAAGCAUAUAAAGGACUGUUAAGGUAAAAUAAAAUAAUUCCUGUGAACAUUGUGCUAUGGUCAUACUGUAGCUUUAUCAUAUAUGAUGCACUGAAUAAAUAUGCAGUUCUUCUGUA